GUCUACCAUCUUUGAUUGGUUAAAAUCCGUUCAACAAUGUCAUAUCUCCGACCAGCUCCCCCGCCGAAAAGUGCCCUCGGGCGCUACCGUCUUCUCUCACCCACUGCGUCUGUGCGUGUAAGUCCGCUAUGUCUUGGAACGAUGAACUUCGGAGAUGCAUGGAAGGACUGGAUGGGUGAAUGCGAUCAGUCGCAAUCUGAGAAGAUGCUCGACUACUUCUAUGACCAAGGCGGCAACUUCGUUGAUACCGCCAACGGCUAUCAAGGCGAGCAAUCGGAGCAAUGGAUCGGGGAGUGGAUGAUGAAACGUGGGAACCGUGAUCAAAUUGUUCUGGCAACAAAGUAUACGGCUUGCUUCCGCCGCGGCCAUGACGACGAGACGUUGGUCAAUUUCGCUGGAAAUGGGGCUAAAAGCCUCCAUACAUCGAUCAACGCCAGUCUGCGCAAGCUACAAACUGAUUACAUCGAUUUGUUGUAUGUCCAUUGGUGGGAAUUCAGUACUUCCAUCCCAGAGUUGAUGCAAUCCCUGAACAAGCUCGUUUCAACGGGGAAGGUCUUAUAUCUCGGCAUCAGUGAUACUCCAGCUUGGGUUGUUACCAAAGCGAAUCAGUAUGCUCGGGAUCACGGUCUUGCUCAAUUCAGUGUCUAUCAAGGCCGCUGGUCUGCGGCGCAUCGUGAUCUGGAGCGAGACAUUGUUCACAUGUGUCGAGACGAGGACAUGGCCAUUGCGCCGUGGGGAUCGCUGGGCGGCGGCAACUUCAAGACAGAGGAACAGCGCAAAGCUAGUACCGGCCGAAAGAUUCCCCCGAAUGAGACCGAAAUCAACAUCAGCGAAGUUCUUGAGCGCAUAGCCAUCCGCAAAAACACACUCAUCACAUCGGUUGCCCAGGCUUAUGUUACGCACAAAGCUCCCUUUGUGUUCCCAAUUGUUGGCGGACGUUCCGUUGAUCAUUUGAAAGCGAAUAUCGAGGCGCUGUCACUCAAAUUGACCGAUGAGGAUAUGCAAGAGAUCGACAACGUUGCAAAAUUGGAUCUUGGCUUUCCCUUGAAUAUGCUGUGGGGUGAUAAGGUCCCCGAUCAUCCAGGAAAGGUUUUUAUGCUGUUCCAAGCUGGCACAUACGAUCAUGUGCCUCUUGCUAAGCCGAUCGCGCCGGCCCACCAAGGAUAAUGGUUAUCAGAGUUGUUGUCUAAAGUUGUAAUAGCCAAUGAUAGCCAAUGACGUCUCGUUCACUUCGAUAACUAGAUAGUACAAUCUAACAUGCGUCUCCUGAUGUAAGCUGAGGCACAUUGUUCCUC